UCUCAGUUCUCACCAUUCUUCAAUUUGUUAUUUAGGAAAACUCAAAUUUAAAAUUAAUAUAAUUUUUUAUGGUGAAGGUUUAAGUUCUUCAGUAUAUUAUUUACAUCAUGGCUUAUCUAGUUCAGCCAGAUUAUGUUAAAUACAUAUGUACAUGUGGGCAACAAAAACCAAUAACAAAUUUGUACUUUUGUCGUCAUUGCUUGAAAAUUCGGUGCAGUUUUUGUAUUUCUCAUGAGGUUGAUUCUCAUUAUUGUGCCAACUGCUUAGAGAAUAUGCCAUCAUCAGAAGCUAGACUAAAAAAGAACAGAUGUGGUAGUUGUUUUGACUGCCCCAGCUGUUUUCAUACACUAUCCACUCGGGCAACUGUUGCCCAGCCGAGACAGGAUCCCGCAGCAGGUGAUGCCAAAGUGGAGAAUAAACAGUCCAAGAAAAUGUACUAUUUGUUAUGUUUUAAUUGCCGGUGGACAUCUAGAGAUGUUGGAAUACCAGAUCAGCCAGUUGCAACAGGUGGAUGGCCAGAGAGAGUGAAUCCAUUCAAUAGCCGAGUGAACCAACUUCUGGAUUUCUAUAAGGCUGUGGUGCAACAGGAGAAGCAAGAGAAACUCGACAAGGAGAGGAAAAAGUAUGCUAUCAGAGGGAAAUACAUCACUCUCACGGAUAAAACAGGUCUAACAAUGGCAAUGGCACGAAACAUAGCUGGCCUGCCAUCCAGUGAGGGUGCGCCAUCCUCAGCCAUAGCAAACUUUGUGCCCAGCCAGGCCAGUGCUGAGGUGGAAGGCCUGCCCGAUGAUUUCCACACUAGAGAAGUUAACCUGAAUCUAAUAACCACCAUGCCCCAACGUCUGGCGGCGCCGGAGUGGCAACCGGCGGAUGUGGCGCGGCUGUAUCCUCUGGCUCGGCCGCUCAGCGUCAAGAGGAGUCAGCGCUGCCGGCUGUGCGACCACAACCUGACCAAGCCCGAGUACAGCCCGAGCUCCAUUAAGUUCAAGAUUGAACUGCUGGCAUAUUACCAUGUGCCAGAAGUGAAGAUAAUCUCGUGCGAGACGCUCAAGCCGGGCGCCACGUGUGCGCUACUGCUGAAGCUAAGCAACCCCACGGCGCACGAGAUGCAGAUCACUCUGGUGGACCCUGCGGAGGUACCGGAACACCAGGAGCGGGAGGAAGGGAGGACCAUCGAGAAGUCCUUGGAAAAGUCGCUGUGUUUAGAAAAGGACAUGUCGUGGCUGGAAGCCGUGUCACGUAAGGUAGACGUGACGUCACCGCUCAGCGUGACGCGACCCGACGUCACGCUCACGUUGGCUCAGCGGGACGACGCCGCCGAGUACGACGACGAUGCACACACGCACUCAGACGACGUGAUACUGUGGCGCAAGUCCAACAAGCUGGCGCUGCGGCUGCAGGUGCAGGUAGCAGAGGGUGCAGUCGAGGGCCCGGGAGCUCGUCUGCCGCUGGCACUGCGCUACUCGUACCGGAACACCGUGCCGCCCGCCAGCGCCGCACCGCUCGUGCGAGACCACGUGCUGUACGUCACCGUGCUGCUCGACCUCGGACAAGUAUACGCGGAGUAGAACACUGCCGCCCGUGUACAUACCUCGUACAUAGUUAUAGCACACUACAUAUAGCAGCUAAGGUAGUAUUGAAGCUACAUACAGACGUUCCAAACAACGCACGCACACAGACGCUGUCUCAACAAGGUUAAGCGGACAUUGCAGUGCUGUCAUCAUCGCGCGAGUCCUACCCGUGCCGCGUUGUCUGAUUUGGUCCGGCCGAACCAUCGCAUUCGGUCCAGUACCGAAUCAUAUUCGAUAGUAUGUUGCAUUUUCCAUCGCACUAAAUUAUUAUUAUUACCAAUACCGUCCAAUUGUCGACCGUACCAAAUGCGACCAUGUGUUUAAGGUAUUACACUAAUAUUGAGACAUCUACAAUCAUUUGUGGAUUUUAAAAUAUUGGACAACCACCCAGUAAUCCUUGAAAUUAGUAAUAAUCCCGUUAUAUUUAAAAUGUGGGAUUAGCGCUUCCGGUUACUCGUAGCAAUAACAACUUCGACUGACUGGUUCUCAGCAGCAUUGAUAUGUAUGUAUAAUACCUUAUGUAUGGUAAACAACUGCUUAAUUGUAUUUAAUAUAUGGUUAUUGAAGAUCUCUCAUAGU